UCCAACAUCUCCCUGAUAAGUCGCUCGAUUUCAUCCUUUUGAACCUGUGGGUAACGGUAUGGCCUCACGCUAACCGGGUCACUCCCUUCUUUCAAGAGAAUGGCAUGUUCAUGAUCACGAGUGGGAGGCAGUCCCGUUGGCAGCUCGAACACCUUCCUAUACUCCACCAACACGUCACGCAGGAACGAGGGUUGUUCCUCUGUCUCGCUGCCCUUUUCUUCCAGUCGAUUAAAUUCAACUAAUAUCCCACCACCUUCCUUCUUGAGAACCUUAAUCAUGGCUUUGAGAGAGAUUUUCGAACGAGACAAAGAAGGGUCGCCUGUGAUGGUCACCGUGUUCUUUCCCAACUGAUAUUUCAUGACUUGGGUUCUCCAUUUGUCACCACUGGACCCAAUUUUUCUAGCCACUGAAUUCCAAGUAUAACAUCAGAGUUCCCCAAUUCUAACGGAAGAAAAUCCUCAAUUACCUUUCUCUGUUGAGCUUCAAUUUCACCUCCCUGCAAAUCCCUUUUCCCUUGAUGGCUUCCCCAUUCCCCAAAGAAACCCCGAAACUUGCUGAUUCUGUGAUCGGAAUUUUCAGCUCCUCCACGGCCCGUAGUGAAACAAAAUUGUGGGUUGCCCCCGGGUCAACCAUAACAACGACUUCCCUGCCUUCAAUCAGCCCGACUAAUUUGAGGGUCUUCGGGUUCGUGAGACCCACAAUGGAAUUGAUAGAGAGUACCGCAGGCACCUCCUCCUCGCUCGGAACCUCUAAUGACUGAAACUCACCCCCUACCUCCUCGCCGAACUCCUCGUCGCCGGUGUCCUCGUCAUCCACAAGUAACACACUCAUCUCUUUUUUUUUACAUUGAUGCCCUAUUCCCCAUCUUUCAUCACAUCGGAAGCAUAGACCCUUUGCCUUCUUAUCUUGCAAUUCCCGCUCUGUUAAUCGCUUCAUCUCGCCGCCAAUUCUGGAAGUUGUAGUGGUGGUUCUGGGUGAGAAAUUAUUUGCAGUGGAGUUGAUCCCUGGGAUCCUACUGACGUUGCUGGCUUGAAGGUGGAACUUUUGGUAAGUGGGUUAUAUUGGUUGGAUACUAAACCAUGUGUUUGGGCUCCUGUGUUGUUGGAAGUUGCUAUUGGGCUUUUACUAAAGUAUGAAAAUUGGCCAGACCGAUUUGCCCCCAACCCGUUUCUCCUUACCCGGUUACGUUCCUCGACCCUUGUAGCUACAACCAUUGCCUGAUCCAGAUCUUCCGGAUUCAAUACCCGAAUUUCAGAUUUAAUAUCAUCUUUAAGCCCAUUUAUAAAUUGACCCAGUAGAAUACUUUCAGGAAUGUCAUCAAGAGGAGACACUAGGUCAGUGAACCGCCUCACGUACUCGGCCACCGUGGUGGUCUGAGACGUCGCUAACCACUGUUCGUGCAAGGUUCCCGCAUUGGUGGGGCGAUAUUUAACCAAUACUCGAGCCUUCAAGUCAGCCCAAUCUCUCAUAGGUCGCCGCCGUGACUCGAAAGUGAACCACCGCAGAGCAUCACCCUCCAUUGAGACCACUGCCGCCUCCAUCUUUUCAUUUUCAGAAAGCUUGUAAAAAUCAAAGUAUUUCUCCCCGCGGAGUAUCCAUCCAUCUGGGUCGUUGCCUUCAAACAACGGCAUGUCGAGCUUCCUGUAUUUCCAAUGGCCGCCCCCUCCACCACCUCCAUCGUCAAAACCCCUUCUUCUGUGGAGGUAGUUCCCCGAAUACUCUUCCUCUUCGUGGCGAUUCUGUCUCGCCGGAGUUUGGUUGGCAUCAAAGUCCUUAUCUCUUCUUGGAACUGUUCUUGAUUCCUCUUUAAUAUGUCCAUCUGUUCAGACUGAUCUUGCCUAAAACGGUCAAUGCGUCCCUCCAAACGGAUGGUGGCUGCUUCCACCGCUUCUUGAUUUUUCUGUGUAUCCUCUGCACUCUUGGCUACAAAAUUCUCAGCAAGAGUCUUUUGGAAUGCUGCCAUACCCUCCGAUAAUAGUUGCUGCACUUUCUCUUCCAGGGUGUUCAUUCGUUGCCCCACUUCUGUGAGCCCUCCUUCUAAGGCCUCAAAUCUCAACGAAUUUGAAAGCACCAUGGCUGCUCUUCUCCCUCAGGUUCGUGGCUGCUCUGAUACCAAAUGUAAUACCCCCUGCUGCCCACAACAGAUAAACAAGGGAACACAGCAAAAUAGUGGAGAACAGGAAGAAUUAUAUUGAUGAAUUACUCAGGAAUUGAUUACAAAAGUAGUAGCUUGAGGCUACAAAUCUCCAAGUUGGUAGCUUUAGGCUACUAAUCUCUAUUCUCAAUACAAAGGACAAUCCCUUCUCUUUCCUCCCUUCCUCUAUUUAAUUGCUACCUAAAGCUACUGGUGCUUGUUGUGCCUUAUGAGCUAAUGCUAGCCCUUUCCUGUGGCGCCUGCUGUACACAAACAUAGUGAAGUUAGUGUGUGUUGAUAACCCAUUGUUUCUAAACUUUGAUAUCUCCACAAACAAGAAUUUCACGCUGACUGUGGACAUUGAUUACGUGCAAGGAAUUGAUCAUUCUUUCACUGUCAAAUGUGAUGGUGGUACAAAGGGGAUGUUUCAUUCUAAUCGUGGUGGUAGUUCCCUGAAGUCACUCGAUUUGGUAUGUGUUACUUUAAGCAGAGAACUACUUGAAUUUCUUCUAAACGAACUCACAGUUUUGGAGCAAUUGCGUGUGAGAAGUUCAGAUGAUUUAGUAAGUUUGAAGGUCACCGAGUCAUCAAAGUGUUUGAAGUACUUGGAUAUAUGUCACUGUCCUAAUAUGAAAGAACUCGAGGUUCAUGCUCCAAAUCUCUUGUCUUUGGCAUUUGCGUGGAACCAUAGAUUUGGAAAUGUUGUAUUUGGGAGUCUUCCGUCACUUGUUGAUGUGUUUUUCGGGGAGUACAAUCAGCGCUUGCUUUUGAGACUCAAGCAGAUUCGAAGCUUCUCUCUGCAACUUACCAAACUUUCACUUCAUACCGCCAUGGUGGUUCAUAAAGACCUAGUUAUUCCUAAAUUUGACAAUGUCAAGCAGUUGGAGUUUAGAGUUUCCCUUCGCGGACAUCAAAACCUUGUGGCAUUGAGAUGCUUUGUUGAGGCAUGUCCUCUGUUACAUGAACUCGCGCUAGAGAUCAAAUGGGAUUGUGGUUGUGCUAUGAAAUCGACUUGUGAUAGCGUAGCAGAGGCAAAUGAUUACGAUCUAACAGAAGAAAAUCGUUGCAGCCUUGAACAUCUGAGGAAAUUUGAAUUGGAUGGACCCUUUCGAUUUAGCAGUCAUGUUGAUUAUGAGUAUUCACUGGUACUAUACAUCAUCAAAAACGCCAUGAAACUUGAAAGUUUUAUAUGUAAUACUGGUUUUUCUGAGCUGAAAUUCCAUGAAAUAGCUGAUUCAUCUAAAGAGCAACAAAUAGAAGCAGCGCGACAACUAGCCAUGGUUAUUCCCUCCAGAGUCAAUGUAGAGAUUAUCUAAUCAUAGAAAUGCUGCUAAUUGAGAAGUUGGAAGUUUCACAAUCUUCCAGUAGAUCGAUCAAGUGCCAUUGUUGGAUCUAUUCCAACUUUUGAAAAUGUCAGGCACUUUGAGAUUAAAGUUAAUGAAGAAUAUCAUCAUAACCUUGUUCUAAUUACAUGCUUUGCUGAAGCAUGUCCACUAUUGCAUGAAUUCAAUUCAAGCUAGAGGUUUUACAUAUCUAGCUUUUAACCAAUAUAAUCUUGGUAGCUUAUCUUA